AUGAGCCUCUCAACAAUCUUGGUCAAUGUCGGGCUGAGUCUCUUGGGCGGCUACAUUUCAUCCAAGCUGAUCAAAGAGUACAUCCCGAUUUUCAUAGCAAGAGGACAUUUUGGCAAUGAUCAGUGCAAGGUCAGCGAUAAGCCUGUGCCGGAGCCGAUGGGCAUGAUCUCGGCGGCUGUGUAUCUCAUCGUGAUAUUUAUCUUCAUUCCAUUUCCGUUUCUGGAGUGGACCUUCUCGGGAUCUGAUUUUCCUCACGACAAGUUCUUGGCGUUUAUGUCGGCAAUCAUUUCCAUUUGCACGGCAAUCCUGCUUGGAUUUGCGGAUGAUAUGUUGGAUUUGAGAUGGCGUCAUAAACUCCUGUUUCCAACGUUGUCUUCACUGCCUGUGCUGAUGGUAUAUUACGUGUCAGGUGGAUCUACAACAAUCGUUGUCCCGAAGGUCGUCCGCUAUUUCGUUGCGAUGUAUGGGUUCCAGGCCCCAACCCUGCUCGAGAUCAAUUUCCUCUAUUAUAUCUUCAUGGGAAUGGUGAUCGUAUUUUGUACGAAUGCUAUCAAUAUUUAUGCUGGAGUGAAUGGAUUGGAGGUUGGGCAAAGUCUUGUCAUCUCGGCGUCAAUCAUUUGCUACAACCUCACUCAGGUGGUCCGUCUCGGCGAUCCAAUUGAUAUCUGGCACAACUGGCUGUCUCUUUACUUCCUGUUGCCGUUCUUCACGAUCUCUUAUGUAUUGUGGUUGUACAAUAAGUGUCCAGCUAUGGUCUUUGUCGGUGACACCUACUGUUACUGGGCUGGGAUGACCAUCGCGGUUUCAGCAAUUCUUGGCCAUUUCUCGAAGACGGCUAUGCUGUUCUUCAUUCCACAAGCGAUCAAUUUCGUUUAUUCCGUGCCUCAACUCUUCCAUUUGGUGCCCUGCCCUAGACAUCGGCUGCCGAAAUAUGACCCAAGGACCGACACCGUUGGGAUGAGCUUUGCGGAAUUCAAGAGCUCUGAUUUGAAGUCUGUUGGUAGUCUCAUCAUCAACCUGCUCGCUAAGAUCGGGCUAUUGUAUAAAGUGGAAUUCGAGAAAGACGGCGCGAGAUGGACGCGUGUCAACAACUUCACGGUGAUCAACCUCAUGCUCAAGUUUGUCGGGCCUGUACAUGAAGCGACGCUGACGAACUACCUCCUGCUGCUCCAGCUAUUCUUCUCAGCGGUGGCGUUUACGAUACGAUUUUACCUCGCAACUUUCAUCUAUGAGGUUGUUUUA